AUAUGGAUGGCUAUAUAUAGGUGGCAAAGACAAGGGGAAACAACACAUCAGUGCUCUACAUUCGAGUGAAGUAGACACUAGAGAAAUUUAUAGGGUGUGGAUAGAUUCUGAUUUGGUCGAUAGAUCAACUUGGCGAGGGCGUCUGAUCUUUCGAGCCCAAGAUGACUGGCAAUCAUGGUGGGCGUAGGAGAAAGGCGCCGCAACAGGACCGUCCAGCACGCGACAAUGACUUGGACAUAUCACAAGGCAACUCCGAUGGACAAGAUGGCGCCGAGGGGUCACAGCCCAAGAGGCGCCUGCAGAGGCUCACCCCCCAGCAAACCCAAGUGCUUGAAGGGUUUUUCGGCAUAUGCGCGCACCCUGACGAGAAUCAAAGGAUGGGGAUGAGCGAGUCGACAGGUCUCACGAUGCAGCAAGUCAAGUUUUGGUUUCAGAACAAGAGGACACAUAUGAAGCAUGUGACUGGAAAAGAAGAGACCUACAGGAUGAAAGCGCAGAAUGAGAUGCUGAGGGAGGAGAACAAGAGGCUUGCAUCCGCAGCCAAGACUUCAUUUUGCCCCUCCUGCGUUGCUUUACCAGGACUGAGUCCCUCUGGGGAGGUGCAGAGGCUAAGGCAGGAAAACGAGCAACUGAAGCAACAGCUCUCACAGCUGCGUGCUGAAGCGCAUCCAAGUUCAAGCCGUCCUUUUCAACUUGACCCAUCCAUGGAGAAUAUCACUGGAAGAGAGAAUGACAUGGAUGCGAUUGCUGAACUCGCUCAAAGUGCAAUGCACGAGUUUGUCGUUCUGGCCGAAGCCGGCGGACCUCUGUGGAUGCCUGUCCCUGGUGGUUCCUUUGACGUGCUGAACAAGAUGGCUUAUGCUCAAACAUUUGGCGCAAGAAGCAGUGCAAAUGUGAUACUAGGAUUCAUGACCGAGGCUACUCGUGCUGAUGACAUGGUCAUGAUGGACGCCAAGCAGAUUGUGGACUACAUCAUGGAUUCUGAGUGCUACACAUCUUUCUGUCCUGGACUUCUGACCAGUGCAAAUACCACCAAGAUUUACAAGUGGCCUACCAGUGCAGGCUACAAUGGGGCUAUGCAUCUGGUGACCGUCGAGACGGUGUUCCCAUCACCACUGGUGCCAUCUAGGAAAUGCACAUUCGUGAGGUGCUGCAGGGAUAUGCAAAAUGGGACAGUGAUCAUCGUUGAUGUGUCUUUGGACAACGGUGACGGCACCGUCAAAUGCCACAAAAUGCCAUCAGGAGUGCUAGUUCGGAGCCUGAAUUCCGACGCCAGCCAGGUCACUGUCAUAGAGCAUGUCCAAGUGAAUGAUACUGGUCUUCACGAGCUCUACCGCCCAAGCUUGAGCGGACUGAUGUUCGGAGCUAGGCGCUGGGUGUCGAGCAUCGUGCGACAAAGCGCACGCAUGAGAGAUCUCUUCGUUGUCAGCAAAAGCGCCUCGAACGGCAACACAAAUGGGAGGAAGACCCUCAUGAAGAUAGCGGACGGCCUGCUCGCGGGCUACGCCAGCGGCAUUGCCGCCGUCCCUGGGGGCGGAUGGACCAUCCUGCGUGGCGCUGGCACGGAAGACGACAUCAGGAUCUCGUACAGGAGGAACAACGAUGACAGCAACACCGCCAUCGUGUCCGUGUGCGCGUCGUUCCAUCUGCCAGUGCCGCACAGGGUGACGUUUGAUCUGCUCAAGAACAACCUGUUGCGCCCAAAGUGGGAUGUGCUGGUGAACGGUAAUUCGGUGAGGGAGGAAGUCGCUGUAUGCAAAGGCGUAGGAGGAGGAAUUGAUGAUGUUGUCUCCAUACUGCAUCUCAAGGAUCCGCCCACCGGGGAGAACAGGGACAACAUCAUGAUCCUCCAGAACAGCAGCUACGAUGUGUCAGGCGCGUUCAUGGUCUACUGCCCAGUCAACAUCCAACUGAUGAAUGAGAUCAUGAGCCCCAGCGACACGGCGGAGAGCAACAAGGUGUCCCUCUACCCCACCGGCUUCUACCUCCUCCCCGUCGAGGACACUGCCCUUGGCCUCGGCGAGGGUGGAGCAACUCUUGUGACCGUGGGGUUCCAGAUUAUGCUCAAGCUCGCUCGUGGCACCGGCCUGUAUCCUAGGUCCGCGUCCACGGCCGUCGGUCUGAUGACAGAAAACAUUGCUACCAUCAAGAAGACUCUGACCAGCAGCCACCCCAUCUUCUAUAGGAGGCAGCCCCCCAACAAUUUCAUCUAGAAUGUACCCAGGGGCGGAAAGGGGAGAAGCGAUGCUGGUGCAAGUCUGUCAAACUGCAUUUCGAUCUCCUGGCGUUACUGCAAUAUACCCCCUCCGUUUCAUAAUAAGUGUCAUGGUUUUAGUUGAAAUUUGAACUAAAACCACGACACUUACUAUGGAACCGAGGGAGUAUAUUGUUAUAUUUACUUUACUACUUGCGACUUUCUAUUUACAAUAAAAGAACCUGUAAUAAUGGUUUAAGAACUAGACUUGUCUUUAUCGAGAAAAGACCCUGGCCUAUGUAUGGUCAGGUUUUCUUUACUCUCUGCAACUUUCAGCUUAUAUUAAAAACUUGUGUUGUAAUAAUGGUUCAACAACUAGACCUGUUGUUGUUGUUGUUGUUGCUGUUGUUGUUCUUGUUGUUGUUGUUAUAAAAACUUGUUUUAAUAAUAUGUU